CGCCACCCUCACUUUUUCAAUUCAUUCGACCAUGGGAGAUCAAUUGGUGCUUCGCGGAACGCUCGCCGGCCACGGCAAAAACUGGGUGACGGCCAUCGCCACCUCGCGUGAGAACCCCAACUUGGUGGUCACGUCUUCGCGCGACAAGUCCGUGCUCGUGUGGCAGCUCACCCACGACGCCGACCCCGACAACUACGGGUACGCGCGCCGCCGCCUGACCGGGCACUCCCACUUCGUGGAAGACGUGGUCAUUUCGUCGGACGGCCAGUUCGCGCUCUCUGGUUCGUGGGACGGCACCCUCCGCUUGUGGGACUUGAACACGGGCAUCACGACCCGCCGCUUCGUCGGUCACUCGAAGGACGUGCUCUCGGUCGCGUUCUCGGCCGACAACCGCCAAAUCGUGUCAGGCUCCCGCGAUCGCUCCAUCAAGUUGUGGAACACCCUCGGCGAGUGCAAGUACACCAUCACCGAGGAAGGUCACACCGAAUGGGUAUCUUGCGUGCGCUUCUCCCCGUCGUCGGCGAACCCGUUGAUCGUGUCCGCGGGGUGGGACCGCCUCGUGAAGGUGUGGAACUUGACCAACUGCAAGCUCCGCACCAACCUGUGCGGCCACACCGGCUACCUCAACACCGUCACGGUCUCCCCCGACGGAUCCUUGUGCGCGUCGGGCGGCAAGGACGGCGUGGCCAUGCUCUGGGACUUGAACGAAGGCAAGCGCUUGUACUCGCUCGAAGCCAACGACAUCAUCCAUGCGCUCGUGUUCUCUCCCAACCGUUACUGGUUGGUAGCGGCCACUUCGUCGGCGAUCAAGAUCUGGGAUUUGGAGUCCAAGGUCGUGGUCGAUGAGCUCGUGCCCGAGUUUGAAAACGUCGGCAAGAAGUCUCAGCCGCCGCAUGCCGUGUCCCUCGCAUGGUCCGCCGAUGGCCAGACGCUGUUUGCCGGGUACACGGACGGUAUUGUCCGCGUGUAUGCCGUCGGCUCCAACUAAGCAACCGCCACCUGCCAGCUACAUACUUGUGGUCGCUCGAAUCGAAAUUUCAAUAACUAACUCGCAUCAUGUUGGUAUUGUA